AUGGCUACGACAGCAACACCCCCACCUCUCCAACCCUCAUCAAACCCCCCUCCUCCAGCAACGUCCUCAUCGCCAUCCUCAUUCGUCUUCCCCCGCGAAUACUCCUUCCCCCCGUUCUUCACCCGCCAGCCCAACCUCGCCAUCCACCACGCCCAGCUCACCAAGUGGUCCGCCCUCGUCCUGGCCUACGCGCGCCACCGCCGCCUCUUCCGGCUCGUCGUCUCCUCCGCCGCCGAGACGGAGCUGUUUCACAAUCGCGCCAUCAACAGGAGGCUCAGCGUCGCGGACAUACGGGAGGUGCUUGACUUUAUGCGCAAGGACGGGAGGGCGGAGUUUAUACGAGGUGCGGCGGCGGCGGGGGAUGUGGUGCUGCUGUACUGGAGGAAGCCGGAGGAGUGGGCGGCGCUGGUGGAGGCGUAUGUGGAUGAGACGGCGCAAAAGGGGAGUGUGUUAACGGUGUAUGAACUCACAGAGGGGGAAAACACCAGAGGAACAGAAUUCCACGGCAUGGAUAAUCAAGUCCUCAUGAAAGCCCUCAACAUCCUCGUCAAACAAGGCAAAGCUCAAAUUUUUGGCUCCGAAGACUCCCUCGGUGUCAAGUUCUUCUAA